AUGGUGCCGGACACAAUUACGGGCAAGAUCGUCGGUGGCGUGUGCUCCUUAAGUGGAGUGCUCGUCAUCGCGCUUCCAGUCCCAGUAAUCGUCUCCAACUUCUCCCGCAUAUACCACCAGAGCCAGAGGGCUGACAAGAGGAAAGCCCAAAAGAAAGCACGGAUGGCGCGAAUCCGCAUCGCCAAGGCGACUAGCGGUGCGGCGUUCGUGAGCAAGAAGAAAGCGGUCGAAGCGCGACUGGCGGCCCAGGAGAGCGGCCAGGAUCUGGACGACAGUCCCGAGGACAUCUUCGAGCUGCAACACCACCACCUUCUCAGGUGUCUAGAAAAGACCACGGACCGGGAGUUCGUGGAGCUCGAGGUGCCCUACAACGGGCAACCUAACCGUCCAUCUUCGACACCGCCGCUGUCGCCAGUACCGUCCGUGGGCUCGGAGGACAAGUCGCUGCUCCAGUCCUGCUGCGGCCGGAGGUGCUCCAAGAAGAAGUACCAGACGCUGGUAAAGCGUAGUUCGACUGUUCGCCAGCAAGGUAGCGGCACCUCGGAUCAGGAGGAGGAGCUCAACGACAUCCAGGUGCGACUGCCGAACCGGACGCCCCCUAGCGACCACCACCAGCAGCAGCUGACACCUCCGCCACACCACGUCGUCACCAUGUCGCGGUCGAGUCUGAACAACCCGGCUCCGCUCGUGACCACAAUGACUUCCUCGCACGCGGGGGGCCCGCCGCUGGGUGUGACCACGGCGGUGGUCAGCUACCCGCCGUCUGCGGUCGGUCCAUCCACUGACAACGACACAAGCGGCGGAAGCGGCUGCUCCACGUCGCUAGGAGUCAGCGCGACGUCCAGCGUCGCUGGUGCAAGUGGCGCUGCGGUCGCUAGUGGUGCUCCGAGCGGCGCGGCCAGCGCCGGCGGCCCCAUGGUUCGCAUUUCAACACUGUGA